UGAUGACUAGCAGAACACUAUAAUGUUCUGUGAGCAGCCGACGCCGGAACCGGAGAAGAAAGUCUGUCGCUGCAAGAACUGUGUGCUGCGCCACGCGGAUAUCCUGCCCUGGCCCGAGCCUCUGGGACUCAUGGCUGAACGAGACAACGACAAAGAUGGCAACAACAGUCGCCGGGUGUCCACCCGAACCCUGCCCUCGAUGGACAGCGUGUACACCUUGAGAGACGGCAAUGACAAGCAGCAGAACGAUCCUUACAAAAGUCAGAACAACAAUCGUAACGAGACGACUGUCUCCAGUUAUCCUGCUCCGUAUAACCGUCACGGGGGCACCACUCCUGCCAACCAGGGAGGUGCGACUCCAGCUUACUAUGACACCGGAGCCAACACGCCAUUGAGGACCUUUCCCCCCCAGCAGCCCCAGCAGCAGCAGCAGCCGGCUCAACCCACCAUCCUGCUGAUUGUGGUCAACAAGAACGAUCCACCACCGCCACAAGCACACCCACCAUUUCCACCAGGGAGGGGGUACCCCGGGUACCCUGGUCCAGGAGCUGGGUAUCAAAGCCAAGGAAGAAGUCCAAGGUAUCAGGGUCAAGGGUCGUUUCAAGGUCCAGGUCCCAGGGACUUUCCAGGUCCGGGAGGAGGACCACCAAGAUAUUACUAUCGACCACCUGGACCUGUAAUGGACACUGGACCCAGGGGAAGGCCAAGGCCUUACUAUGAACGUGACCAUGUUCGCUAUAACCAACAUCGGUAUAGCGACGGUUUAAGGACAAGUAGAAAUGAUGGCUACCAAGACAGAUACCAGGACGACUGGAACGGACAGCCAAGAUACUCGAAUGCCGACAAGCCGCGAAUACUUCGUCGCCCGGAAGUUCGACGCGAUUGUCGCUGUCCACCUCCAACGGAAAAGACUCAGUCGGAAAGCCCGCCAAGUCCACCAGAUAAUGAGGAUGUCCUUCUGGAUCAGCUUGCGGCGAGCAAUAAAAAGAAGAGCAAGCAGCGCCUGGUGGGCAGCGGAAAUGGCAAUGCCUGUAAUUGUGGAAGAUCCAGUCAAAUGGGAGAUAAUCCGAGUGCUACCAGAAAUGAAUCGGAAAACCGGGAACCACUGCGCAAUGGAAAAAUGGGAACACCGCACAACACGAUGGAGUAUUAUGCGGAUACUGAAAGUCCGCAGGAAGUGAUUGUGACCGAUGCCAAAAACAAGACCUACAAAUGCAUACAAGUGCCCAUUUGCAUCUCAACUGGAAAACCGGACACGUGUCGCUGUUGCAAGUGUGCUCCCGUCGAGGAUCCGGAGAAGGAGGAGUCGGAGCUGGGCGAGGAGGCGGAAUGCGUGUGCAAUCGGAGUGGAAAGUGCACCUGUGUUCCCGGCGAAAUGUUCCAAGAUGAGAAUGUCUGCCAGUGCGAUCUGACCAAUUUGGAGAGAAUUCUGCGAGAGCUUAUACCAAAUGCCGAUUGCAUGUGCUACUUGAAGAAGAAGCGGCGCAGGCGUCGCAAGAAGUGGGCUCCAAAAGUCUAUUACGACCGGUUUGCCAAUCCUCCGUUUGUCCUUAAUCCAAAGCCCAGAUGCCUGGACUACGGCGUCAGUCCUUUCCCUAAUCCUUGCUAUAAUCCUUGCUGCUGUGCGCCAGUUGGAAAGAGCUGCUACGCCUGUGACUACGGCUGUAGGUUCUAGGAACACAUUCCCGACCAUCCCAGCAGAUCCUCAAUAUUUUGUCAGCUGAUGCCAGAAAACUUCUUGUGAGUUAUGGUUCUGACGUUCUCUGACAAAUUUUGAGGAUCUCAAAUAUAAUAUAUCAUAAUAAUAUCUUGAUGGUACCUAUCAGAUCAUUUUUUUCGAUCUAAAGAACAUGAAUAAAUGGAAAAUAACAUUUAUAAUA